GCUAUUAGAUUCCGUUUUCAAGGUGAAGUACAUGAAGAACAACUCAUAGGUUUAAUUCCAUGCUGAAAAGAGACGUUUCGGCUGUGGAGCCUUCUUCGGGUGUGAGGAAGACAGGGCAGGCAGCAAAGAUGAAAUAACACAGGAGAACAAAAGUUGGGAGAGGGGAGGAGGUGAAGAGAGGGGGUAAAGUCGAAAUCUGCAUGUGAAUAGAGAAGAUUGCACGAAAACAAGUCUGACGUUGAGAGAAGGUGUGAACCAGGUUUCAGGAUAAUUUUUGUUUCUGAUGUCUUUCUGCGGCGGGAGUUGAGAAACCCUUCAUUGAGAACUCAGAUGGAGAGAUCAAUGUGAUCAGGGCCGUCAGAGGUGAAAUGAGAAACUAUGGGCUUGGAGAAAUCUUUACUCUUCACAGCCCUGACAUCGGUCUCAUAGGCUCAUAGGUGGCGUUCCCCGACACCAAGAAGACCUACUGCUCCGACGCCUUCGACGCUCCUAGUAUAUGAAGAAUGCUUGUAUACACUAUAUUGUACAUUUACAUUAUAAAUAAAAUCGGCCAGCAUCGGCCAAACGGAGUUUGGAAAUAAAAGGAAAGACAUCGACACCGCGUUUCUUUGUGCUGUGACAAUUUCCCGGAGCCUAAUUUCAUAGUUUGUGGCGAAGGUAGGAAAAUUACAUCCCGCUGCGUGUUGCCGUAAAUUCCGACACGACUGCCUCAACAUGAUGCAGUUCUGCGCAGCGAGGAAUCGUGAAACGAACAUGUUGAAUGUUGGUUAAUCGCUUACGGACUUCAAAUUCUGGUACAUCUCGUUAAACCGACAAGGGCCGGAGGGUUAUUGAUAGGUGAGAAACGAAACACCGGUUUGAAAUCAGCGUCUGAUUUAUAUUUGCAAAUAGUCAAUGUGUUUAUUCUUAUCCGUUUAUUCAGAUAAAAGUAAAACAACACGGUAACAGCAAUUCCUGAGCUCCUGUCAGGUUUGCCGGCACCGAAAUAGGUAGGAGAUCCCCAUGGUAACAUAUACUGUAGCUUGCCCCAGAAUAAAGAUAGGAGUGGUCUUAUACGCGCUGCACAGCUCGACUGCUCUCAGUGCGCAGUAAGCUCCCGUAUUGGCAGGAGGACGGGAUAAAACUAGUUAAGAAACCAGACCUCUACUACAGACACAGAAACAUGGACCGGGAGUGAUAUCUGCAACCGACUGAAACGCCGGGUGACACCAGCAAUCGGGAACUGGUUAAUACUGUACCCAAAGCGAACUGUACUGUAAACAUCAAAACCCUUGUAGAUCGCGACAGGGACAUCCUUCAGAGUUUAAAAGACAGACAUUAAGAUGAAGAACAUAAAUUGGUUUAAGGGCGCAGUUCGACAGUGAUAGUGGUGCAGGGGGUCUGGAGAAGCGCUCUCACUCUGCGGGAGCCCUGAAGUCGUACGGCGGGGCAAAUGACCGCAGGCUGCGGCAGGAGUCGCCCCGGUCACCGGAUUCCCAGCCAGGACGCCGGGCGCCCCCGCUGAUACCCUCAGCCCCGAGGCAGCAGCGCAAGCGUGGCCCCCCUGGAGGACUCGCCGGGCGAUGCUGUCUCCGGACGUGCCGGAGUUAGGAGCUAUUCUGUGAAGGAUCCCCGGCAGCUCGGAGCAUCCGGACUGUUCCGAGCGUCAGCGACAAACUGCACAGGAGUUGGGCGGCAGAGCAGAUAACGUCCCAGCAGGCACGGAAAUCUUGCCGGCUGAACUGCCGAGUGCAGACACUUGCUCUGCUAAGAAUUUGGCGACUGUGGCAUUGCUUUAGUCUGAAAGAAGCGGAGGCUCGGAUGGACAGGUCGCAGCCUUCAGUGAAUCUAUAAACAAGGGACAGGCAGCAUAACGUUUCAGCGCGCUUUUUGGAAGGCUUGGACGAAUCCAUGUAGCGUGUGACCGAUUACCAUCCACAAACAACACAGGCUUUGAUUGGAGGAAUUCAAUAUUAAUAAAAGCAUGACUAAUAAUAAAAAGCAAACAGAUACACCUAAUACGAUUGGGUAUCAUAUUGGAUUCAUUAAACCCGAUGAAUUUGGGUUCACCGAAACAGAUUAACUCGAGUUAUGGAGCGCGUAUUAUCCAGAGAAUUAGAUAAAGCGCCUGUAGGUCAGCGAUAGGAUAAGAGGAGUUACAAUAAGCAAGCACCUCGCUGGGAUUUCGAGACGAGACCGAUUAAUCUUAUUUUGAAUGUAAAACACUCCGGUAUAACGCUCUAGAAAUUAAACUGCUUGCGCUGAAGCUUUUGCUAUGAUCAUGUAAAGUUGUUUUUUUUAUGUCCCAUUUUUCCACAAAUGAACUCUGAAACCAAGAAAAGGAUUUUGAGAUUGUUUUUCUUGUACGAAAACUGACUCCAAUGCUUAGGAUUAAAAUCAGGUACAUACUGUACACGAUAUGCACAGUAACAUGACUGGGGAUAUUUCACGGCCGCGGACAUUUUAAACUGGAUACUUUUGUAGUCUACACGUUUUUUAGACGGAGCUAUUAAUGCAUAAACACAGAAAAAGAAAAAAAAGCCAUGCGAUGAUUAUUACAAAGAUGCGGAAAUUAGCGGGACUCACUAUGACCGCUGUGUUGGUGAGUUCAAUACAACAGUAAUUCCAGCACAGACUCUGAAACGUUGAUCUUCUCCGGUCAGCCUAAGGAAGAAGGACUAUCACUUCACCCAAAACAUCUCUUUGUGUGAAGACAAGAGUUCUGUCAUUUCUGCUAGACACAUGUGCCACCUCAGUUACAAUCCCAGAAAAAUGCUUUGCGCCCAGAUUCUGCAGGUGUUUAUCCUUUGGAUUACCUUGGUCUCGCACACCGUUGCAGAACUGUCCUGUGAUGCUUUGCUCAUCGUAUCUGGAAACCUCACAGCUCAGUCGUCGGCGUGGAAUCAGACAUCCAGUAAUACCACAGGUGUAUUCUGCAAUAUGUCUAUAGACGGAAUAGGGACCUGCUGGCCAAAAAGCAGUGCAGGAGAAGUGGUUACCAGGCCUUGUCCAGAAUACUUCUAUGGAGUGAGAUACAACACCACAAAUAAUGUCUACAGAGAAUGCCUAUCGAACGGGACCUGGGCCAUGAAGGGUAAUUACUCCCAGUGCCAGGAGAUACUAAACGAGGAGAAAAAGAGCAAGCUGCACUACCACAUUGCGGUGAUUGUCAACUACCUGGGACACUGCAUCUCACUAGGAGCUCUGCUGGCAGCGUUUGUGCUUUUCAUGCGGCUAAGGAGCAUCAGAUGCCUGAGAAACAUCAUUCAUUGGAACUUAAUCAGUGCUUUUAUUCUGCGCAACGCCACCUGGUUUGUAGUGCAACUCACCAUGAAUCCAGCAGUGCAUGAGAGCAAUGUGAUUUGGUGUCGACUGGUCACGGCUGCGUACAAUUAUUUCCACGUGACAAACUUCUUCUGGAUGUUCGGAGAGGGCUGUUAUCUGCACACGGCUAUCGUCCUCACCUAUUCCACUGACAAACUGCGCAAAUGGAUGUUUAUCUGUAUUGGAUGGUGCAUCCCUUUUCCAAUCAUUGUUGCCUGGGCCAUUGGGAAGCUGUAUUAUGAUAAUGAAAAGUGCUGGUUUGGAAAGAGAGCUGGAGUUUACACGGAUUAUAUCUAUCAGGGACCCAUGAUUCUUGUUCUGCUGAUCAAUUUUAUUUUCCUCUUCAACAUUGUGAGGAUUCUCAUGACAAAGCUCCGGGCCUCAACCACAUCCGAAACCAUCCAGUACAGGAAAGCUGUGAAGGCAACUCUGGUCUUGCUGCCUCUUCUUGGGAUCACAUACAUGUUGUUCUUUGUCAAUCCUGGAGAGGAUGAGAUUUCGCAGAUUGUGUUUAUAUAUUUCAACUCAUUUUUGGAGUCAUUUCAGGGCUUCUUUGUCUCGGUGUUUUACUGCUUCUUGAACAGUGAGGUGCGCUCGGCGGUGAGGAAGCGCUGGCACCGCUGGCAGGACAAGCAUUCCAUCCGAGCCCGGGUGGCGCGGGCCAUGUCCAUUCCCACCUCGCCCACGCGGGUCAGCUUCCACAGCAUCAAGCAGUCCACCGCGGUGUGAGGAGACACCGGACACCGGACACCCCUGAGCCAGCCGGCCCCCCCCUGCCUGCCCCCCCCAGGAGCCAGGGAGCAAUCAAUGGUGCAAACAGGGUAGAACGUCCAGCAUCACUGGCUGGAGAUACAAAGGCAGGAAGGGAAACCAAGCAUCCUUUCUGCUUCUGAGGAAAACAGGCCUCUCUCCUGGCUGACCACAGAGGUGGGUUGAACUAAAACCACCAAAGAAACCCUCACUGAGCACGUACAGGGAAAACAAGUGAAGUCCAAAACAAUCCAGUGUCUAUAGCUUUAAGAGAGGGUUCAUUUUCCUUUGUUAACGGGUUUUUUUUUAAAUCAUAUUUUUUAGCCAGUAAAAUCGCCCAUUGUGUUAUUUUUUUAGGCCGAUUUUAAGGCCAUUUGGGGGUAAAAAAAAAUACAUUGUUCGAUUUGUCCUCAGAUGGACUGUUGGGACCCUUGGUGUUUCUCAGCCGGGUGGAAAAUUGUUCGAUCACAGUGGGGGGGAGGUGUGAGUCUCUGGAAAGGUGUGAAGAACACUCCAUGUGGACAGUGAGUGUCUUGAACAAGACUCAUUCAAUUCAUUUUUAUAAAGCGCCUUCCACAAUAAGGUUGCCCCAAAGCAAGUGACUGUACAUGUUGGGCCCUGUGGCUCACAAAUAUAACACCGAUGUGUUCUUCUCUAACCUUUUUGCUUAGAGCACUACCAAUUUCCCUCCAUUUGACAGAUCACAUCAGCAGUGGAAAUCACAUCAUUUAUUUUGGCCUGCUGCCUGUUUAGAGAAAUAAAACAAAAGUUUCUGCGAUGGACUUGUAUACAAAGAGAAAUCUUGAAAACUUGAAAGUGUUAUUAAAAUAAACCAAAAGCACA